CGGCCAAAGACAUGGUAUUAGCGGUCGUCUUAUCUCCAGGCGUAACAAAGCGAUUCCUCUCCAAAACUCCCCCACUUUCUCUUUCAACCUCAUCCGUCGGCGCCUCAAAACCUUUCGUCGCUUUGCCUCCCGACACGGUCUCCCCAUGAUUCGCAAGCUGCCGCACCAGUCGCAGGUCCUCAUAUCUCGUUGAUGGCUUUCAUUGCGCCCAGCCCCGCGUCCAUCAUCCAAUUCAUCGCUGCCUAGCAGACGUCUGGUCGCUGACAACCCCCCGCGCCACCAUCACCACUUUCCGAUCCCGACGACCCCGACGACCACAGCGCCAGCAUGACGAGCUAUCUUGAGAGUCUAGCCAUGACCUAUGACUUCAAUAAUAUGACAAACGGAGCUGAUCCGGCCGCGCACCACAACGAUUCAUCGCCGUCUGCCACCCACCAAGAAGGCACCCCAACACCCAGCCAAACCUCGCGCUCGUCCGGCAAUGUCACCGUCUAUCAGACAACCGGCCCCGACGCCCACACAGGCCCGAUUCCAGCCGCCGGCGGCUCCGGAGCUCCCGCUAUAAACCCCAGAUCAUGCGUAACUUGUCGACGCCGCAAGGUGCGCUGCGACAAGCAGAUGCCCUGUUCCAACUGCCGCCGCGCCCAGAUUCCCUGCGUCUUCCCCGCCCCCGGUCGAGCUCCGCGCCAGCCGCGCCCCAGAGACCCCAAUGCGCCCCCAAAGAACUCGAGCCAGCGCGAGGUAGAGCUCGUCAAGAGGCUGAGGAAACUGGAGGGAAUCGUCGAGGAGUUGAGCGGACAGAUCGAGGUCGAGUCUGCAGGCAAGGGUCCUUCGUCGGCGAGCUCACCUGAUGUGGUCCACAACAAUGCGCUGGCCGCGGGAUCCGACAGGUCAACUACCUUCCCGCCAAGGCAAGCAUCCAGUGCGAACAUGUUUGGCUGCCAUAGCGGCAGCCCAAAGGAGAACGAACCCGCUGGCGAUGUCAACGACGCAGCGCAAAAGAAGGAACUCCAGAAGAAAUUCGGGCGUCUUGUCUUGAAUGAGCAGAGCGGCGGCCGAAGAUACGUCAGCAGUGGAUUCUGGGCAAAGCUCAACGACGAACUCGACUCGAUCCGCCAGGACACGCAAAAGUUGACUGAUGAGGAAUCAGACGAGUCUGACUACGAAGCAACACCUGAUUUCUCUCCGGCCAGUGCUCCAUCGGUAGACCACCAUGCUUUCAUCCUCGGAUACCGCUCAGCGGAUGUCAACCUUGCCAAGUGUUACCCGCUACCCUCUCACGUACCGUUCCUAUGGUCCGUGUACCAGGAAAAUGUUGAACCCCUCGUCAAACUGGUGCAUGUUCCGACAACGGAGGAACUAUUCCGUAACGUGAGGAGGAAUCAAAGCCAGCUCACCCCGGGUCAGGAAUGCUUGGUAUUCGCCAUCUAUUACGCCGCCAUCAACUCACUUGACGCUGAUGAGGUUCAAACCAAUCUCGGUGCCACCAAGGAAGAGAUUCUCAUACAGUAUCGCUUUGCCGUUGAGCAAGCCCUCGCCAAGGCGAAUUUUCUACACGCGUCAGACUUCAUGGUUAUGCAAGCGUUCACGAUAUUCCUCGUAGUGGUCAGGUGCGAGGAUGACAGUCGGUUCUGCUGGUCCCUCACUGGCCUGGUGAUUCACCUUGCCCGAGGAAUGGGCCUCCAUCGUGAUGGUACCCAUUUUGGGCUGAGUCCGUUUGAGACGGAGAUGAGAAGGCGAGUUUGGUGGCAGUUGCUCAUCCUCGAUCUUCGGUCUGUCGACGAGCUAGGAACCGAUCUUGCUAUUAGCGAUCGCGCAUUUGACACAAAAAUGCCAAGCAACAUUAACGACGCAGAUAUCAGCCCAGAGUCGACGGAGUUUCCGGAGCCGAGGGAAUCACGGUCUGACUCUGCCAUCUCUCUUGUUCGCUACGAGAUAUGCGCUCUUAGCAGGCGCCUCGUGAUGGCCUCGUCUGCAUUGGCGUCCUUGUGCCCAAGGGGAAUGGCCCUUAAUGGUACCAGCCUCCCGGACAGGGAACGAAUGCUUAUCGAGGUUUACCAAGGCGUGGAAACCAAGUUUCUCAAGCAUGUCGUGAUCCAUGAAACGGACCCGUUGUACUGGAUGGCCGCCAUGAUAGCCAGAGUGAUCAUGGCCAAGAUGUGCCUGGUCAUCUACCAACCAAUGCUUUUCCCGGGUUCCGAUGCAGAGCUUACCGACGAGGCUCGGCACCGCGUAUAUGUUGCGGCUAUUGAGAUGAUGGAGUACAGCCACAUCUUGAAUACGGACCCUCGAUGCAAGCAGUACAAAUGGAUAUUCAUGACAUAUACCAGCUGGCAUGCGAUGGCCUACUACUUGGUCGAGAGCUGCCGGCGCCCAUGGACAGCCCUCGUGGAGCGUGGGUGGCAGGCCUUGCAUGGAUAUGGGUCACCUACUCAGCUUCCCAAGAACGAGGACCACGCGGCCAUGAUCCUACCGCUAAGGAAGCUCUCCCUCAAGGCCACGAAGCAUCGUGCCUCGGAGAUUGCUCGUCUCAAGGCGGACCCUGAAGAGGCCAGCCGACUGGACUUUGAAGAGAGGAUGAACCCUACGCAUGCCCGCUUCGGGACGGCUCCAGGCGCCGAAGGCAAGAUGGAGAAAAUCAGAGAUGCAUGGCGCGUGAUGGUCCGACCUGAAGGGCCCGCACCAUGGGUCUCCUCGACUAGUCAAGAUACCACGACAUCUCCCACGAUGUCUCGGCGUGACCUGUCUCAGCCGCGACCUGGACCUCAGGUGAAUUCACCGCCUCAAACACCGAGCGGGAAAGACGUCCCAUCCAGUAUUGAGCUGUCGGAUGCUGCCAUGAACCUUAUGACAGAUAUUAUGAAUCAAGAUGUGGCGAUGCCCUUGACAGCAUUCUGGCCCCUCAACGACCUAGGCAACCAUGAGAUGAAGAAUACCCCCCAAAAUACGAACAGCGGCAGCGCUCCGGGCCCAACCCCCCAGAUGCAAAAUAACACACUCGGACAGCAAAUGCCUCAGCAGAUGCCUCAUCCAAUGCAACUCCCCAAGGAUGACAACCUGCCCCCCUACUUGUGGUCGGAUCCGUUCACCUCCAUGAACGCUACCUUUGGUGAUAUGGGUGGGGAAGACACCGACAUGUUGGGAGAGGAGUUUAAUUGGCAGGAUUGGAGCCAGAGCAUCCGGGGCCUGGAAAUGGAGAGCAAUCAAACGCAAAAGAAGUGGUGAUAAGAUAGAUGGGAAGGGCGGGCAACUGGUAGACGGUAUGGUAGCCACGCUUGAACUUGUGAGCUCUUGCUUGUCGUUGUAUGAUACCCGGUGGAGUUUCAAGGAUGCACAUAGGACUGUAGAUGAAUAGUUCCACUCUCAAUGUAU